CGCAACGCGGUGGGCGGAGUUUAAACCGGCGGAUCUGCGUUUAUUGACGCCUGGAGUUUGAGUGUCUGACGCUGUGAUGUCUGUUGUGGUCGGUAACUGGGAAGAGCCUCUAAGCUGAUCACCGGCCUGGGAAGAAGAGGGAAGUGGGAUUUGCCUCCCGGUCCACUAUGACGUCAGACGGCAGCAGACCGCAGCUGGAGCAUGAUGAGGCAGAGCUGAUCAUGGAGGACGGCGGAGUGUAUCGUAACCCCACGGAGGUGAAGAUGAGUCAGAUUGUACUGCCCUGCCAUGCCAACCACCGCAAAGAGCUGAGCGUGGGUCAGCUGCUCAAAUGGAUGGACUCAACCGCCUGCCUCUCCGCGGAGAGACACGCUGGAUGCUCCUGCGUUACGGCCUCUGUGGACGACAUCCACUUCGAGCGCACCAUUGGUGUUGGACAGGUGGUUAACAUCCAGGCUAAAGUGAACAGAGCUUUCAACACAAGCAUGGAGGUGGGGAUCGUGGCCAGCUGUGAGGAUUUGUACAGUAACAGUCACUGGACGGUGUGCCAGGCCUUCGCCACCUUUGUAGCCAGGAGCACAGGCACGGAGAAGGUCCAUUUGAAGCAGUUGGUCCCUCGCACUCACAGAGAGCAGGUGGAGUAUAGUGUGGCGGCGGAGAGACGCAGGAUGAGGCUGAUUCAUAUUGACACCAUGAAAGAUCUGCUGAAUAGCACCAGCUUCCAGAGCAGCAUCAGUGAGCGUGUGGACGAGGGUCAGGACGAAGAGAAGGAAGUGCCAGCUGAGAGAACUCGAGUGGAAAGCGUAGAGCUGGUUCUGCCCCCACACGCCAACCACCAGGUCAGCACGUUUGGAGGCCAGAUCAUGGCCUGGAUGGAGAACGUAGCUACCAUUGCUGCCAGCCGUUUAUGCAACGCCCAUCCCACUCUGAGGACCAUUGACAUGUUCCACUUCAGAGGGCCCUCCCAGGUUGGAGACCGUUUGAUCCUAAAGGCCAUCGUAAACAACACCUUCAAGAACAGUAUGGAGGUGGGUGUAUGUGCGGAAGCGUAUCAGGGGGAGGAGCCACUGAGGCACAUCAACAGUGCCUUUAUGACAUUUGAGGUGCUGGAUGAGGAAGGAAGCCCACGCCCACUUCCUCCAAUAUGUCCUGAACCCAAGGAUGGAAAGAGAAGAUACCAGGAAGCCAUUGCCAGAAAGAAGAUUCGACUGGACAGAAAAUACAUUAUCUCCUGUAAAUACACUGAAAUGCCCCUGUCUGUGCCCUGGGACCCCACUAACCAGGUGUAUCUCAGCUACAAUAACGUUUUCGCUCUGAAGAUGUUGGCGGCCAGAAAUAAGUGGGUCCUCAGCUCUAAGAAGAACAAUGUAAAGCUGUACACCUUGGAGGAGAAUCAGACGCUGAGUUUUAGGGUUGAAGCUGAGGUGAAAGUUCCAGCAGCGAGAGCUUUCCUCCUGCUCUCUGACCUCAGCCGCAGACCAGAAUGGGACAAACACUACAAGCAGUGUGAGCUGAUCGUGCCGGUUGAUGAGGAUGAUCUGAUCUACCGUGUUCUCACUCCCUCAGUCAGUGAGGGUGGAAAAGUCCAGGACUUCAUCUUGCUGGCCUCCAGGAGACCACCCUGCGACGAUGGAGACCCGUAUGUUGUUGCCCUGCGGUCAGUCACCCUCCCCACACACCCCCCCAUUGACGACAUCAACAGAGGAGAGGUGUUCUGUGCAGGAUUCACCAUUUAUGAGGUCUCUGAAAGUGUUUCUAAGAUUAAUUACUAUAAUCAGACCAAUCCGGGGGUGUUGCCUUACAUCGCCACAGACAUCGCUGGACUGUCCUCCAGCUUCUGUUCCACCUUCCUGUCCUGCAACAAGUUCCUUCUGGAGAACAGAACCGGACCUUCUGUCAUUUCUAAUGCUGCAAUGUAGCGUCCAGCUGCUCUUACUGACUGUUUACUCACUCACUUUAUAAAAGAUGAGAUACAAUACAACCAAAACACUGGGCUUUGGGCAUUUUUAUGGGCUGGUCAUUUUGGACAAUAUGGGAAAACCGUGUUUUUGUUCUUAUGAAAAUGUCUCGUGCUGAAAGAGUGAAACGUUUUAUGAGGGAAUUCAGAAACUCUCAGUUUACAUGCCACUCACAGUGAUUCUGUGUGUGUGGUCCUGUUUGUUUUUAUUUUUUUGUGCCAGUUAUUCUCAAGCAUGAAAUAAUGUUUUGACUUUACUGGAGUAAAUGGUUUUUAAAGGGUUUUUAAAUAUGAAAUAAUCUGAUUAAUUAGCAGUUUAAACUCUGCACUAUUUACAUCAAUUUUGGUCUUGAUUACUGAACCUUAAAUACACAUAAUACAACAUCCUAGCAAUAUUUACUGUGAUUGCUCGGUACAAUUUAUAUGCAUUUAUUUAUUCAAUUCAGUCCGAUGCAGUGGUACCUUUUAAUUCGAUAUAUUUUUUAAUACAGCAAUGAUAAAAGUGUCUGCAAUUGUCCAUUAUGUUAAUAUGUUAAUGUUCGUUUUUUCAGAUUAUUUGAACUGAUAAAAGUACAACAUCUGACACAAAAAUGCUUUAAGGUGUCCCAGUCGGAUGGUCAAGCCACAAGUCUGUGUUAGCCACACACUAGGCCCGUGCUAUAAUGCUGUUCAUGAUAAAACAUUAUGAUGCCUUGCAAAAUAAUAUACUGCUGUAAUAUAUAAUAUACUUUAUUGUUACAUCCUUAAUUUGGAUGUCAAUAAAUUCAUUUGAACAUGUGUAACUAA